AUGUGGGUAGGCAUCUUCCUUGGUGGCGUCCUGAUUACGUUUCUUAUGAUGUACCGCGUCCGUGGUGCAAUGAUCAUUGGCAUUAUUCUUGUCGCUGUCUCGUCCUGGCCGCGCGGUUCUGACGGAGACGAUAACUGGAACUUCUUCAAGCAAGUCGCAACAUGGCACAAUAUCAGCCCUGUGGGCCCACAAAAUAUUAAUUGGACGGGCUAUAAUACUGGAAAGGCAUGGCUUGCUUUGAUCACUUUCUUGUAUAUCGACUUGCUGGACACGACCGGUACGCUGUAUGCGAUGGCUACUCAGGCACGUCUAGUCGACGAGCGGACGGGCGAUUUUGAAGGAAGUGCUACCGCCUACAUGGCCGAUGCCAUUUCUAUUUCGGCUGGAAGUCUUCUUGGAUGUUCGCCGUGCACGGCGUUCAUCGAGAGUGCUUCGGGUAUCGCCGAAGGUGGCCGUACCGGCAUUACUGCGUUGGUCAUUGCGUUCUGGUUCUUCAUGUCGCUUUUCUUUGCACCCAUCUUCUCCUCGCUCCCUCCUUGGGCCACUGGCUCUGUAUUGGUGAUUGUCGGCUCGAUGAUGAUGCACAGCGUAACGGAGAUCAAUUGGGGUUAUCUUGGCGACUCGCUGCCUGCCUUUUUAACCAUUAUCGGUAUCCCGUUCAUGUACAACAUUGCCUAUGGUCUCAUCACGGGCAUCAUUUCUUACGUUAUUUUGAACGUCGGGCCCUGGCUGAUUCUCAAAGCGACGCGGGGGCGAGUCGUUCCUGCGGGAUGGUACACCGACCGCGAACCCUGGGGCGUUGCACCAAGCCGGUUCAUCAUGUCCGAUUUGGAGACCAAAAGCAUGAACGGCUUCCAAAAGUUUGCUGUGAAGAGUAGCAUCUUCCCCCCCUGGCUCAAGAAACUAAUUAUGGGCCGGAAGCAGUUCUGGAAGUUGACCGACGAGGAGGUCGAGGACUACCUCGAGGGCCGGCGCGAGACGGAGCGUCGUAUUGCGCAACGUGAAGCGCGACGCUUUGCGGAUCGCGAAGAGCGCCGCCACGCCCUUCCCCCCUUGGACGAGGAAGUUCCUGCGCUGAUGGAGCACUCCGAGAAGCCCUCCACGCCAUACUAG